UUUAAGUAAGCUAUGGAUCAUAAAAGUGGUUGUAAUCAUUCAAAUUGCAAAAUAACUAGCCCAAAUGCAUCUGUGCACCAGACACUUUCAGAAAUGGAUUGGGAAAGAGGAAUAUGGAAUGCAGCUUUUUCAGGAGACGCUGAUAGAGUGCAAUUAUUGAUUGAUAAAACCAAUAAUAUCAUAGAACUUGUAAACAGUAUUGACAAUUCUGGUUAUACUGCACUACAUUAUGCUGCACGCAAUGGACAUGAUAGAAUAUGUAGCAUACUUCUACAAAAUGGAGCACAGAUCAAUGCUUCAACUAGGAGUGGCAAAGCUACAGCUCUACACAGAGCAGCUGCAGCAGGAAAAGAAAAUACAGUAGUACUCCUUAUUAAAAGCGGAGCACGGCUAGAUUUGCAAGAUGCAGACGGUAAAACACCACUCCAUAAAGCAGCAGAAAAUCAAAAUUUUAAUAUAAUGAAUAUUUUACUAGAGGCUUGCCCUAAAUUAAGAAACAUAAGGGAUAAUAAGGAUAUCUUGGCCAUUUAAUAGAAACAAAACAUUUUAUAGGAUCCUUUUAUCAUUCAUAGUAUUACAUGUUCACUUUAAACUUCUUUAAAUCAUUUAUUUUUUAGAUGUGCAUGUCUAAGUUUAUGUAUUACUUUCAAUCCAAUUUGUACAACACUAAUGAUUAAUAAAUAUCAGAUUAAAUUCACUUUAUAUAAUAAUUUUAAAAAUAUAAACAUUUGAUAAGCAAUAGAUAUUUUAAUUCGUAAUAUAACAUUAAAUUACUAAUAUGUUUUAUACAUGGAACAUAGUAUCCCAUUUUUAAACAGUUUUUUUUUUUGUAAGUGCCUUGAUUUUAUUAAGAUUUUGUACAAAUUGAAUUGAAAUAGACUAAGUGAUAUUUUUAAUAAAAAAAAAAUGUAAUCCUAAUACCAUAUAUAAAACCAAUAGGUUUACUAUAUAGAAACCAUUCCGAUAAUAAUUUUAUAAAUUUAUCAAGUGAGUAGGUAUUUAAAAAACUUGUAUAUUAUAAAAUGAAUGUUACAAAAUGACCGUUUCAUUAUUUAGAAAAAACUUGUAAUUUUUUAUGAUACAUGAAAAUUGUAAUACAAACAUCAAAUAGGUUCCUUUGAUGAAACAUUGAUGAUUAAACAUUUACUAUUACUCACUUUUAUAUUUAUAUACAGUAUUUAUUAUCUUUAACAACAUUUAGGUAUUAUUGAAUACAUAUAUUCUUAAUAUUACUAACAAAUAAUCUGAGAUCAAAACCUAUAUAUUUCGUAAAAAUUUAACACCUUCAUCUAGAAAAAAACAUAAUUUAUAAUAUUAUAU